AUGGAUGUUGCCAGUUGGCACGCUUUUGGGGUAGUUGGUAGUUUGGUGCCUGAUACCGAUGGAUGUUGCCAGUUGGCACGCUUUUGGGGUAGUUGGUAGUUUGGUGUGUGAAUUGAAUAUGCAGGGACACGGACUACUGAAGGGGAACGGAGCUGAGCUGAUGGGAAGUAAUAAGGACUAUGGGCAAUUGGUUCGUAUGUGUGUAUGUGCGGGUGUAAAGAUCAAACUCGAGAAUAGUUGGAUUGAAUCAGUAGUGAUUUGGCAGUCAGGAUGGAAACUUAAACUCUGUGAUGAUACCGACUUCAGGCGCGCGAAUUCUGUCAAGGCCGGUAGCCUAUCGCGCACGCUGAACGAGGUUAACGAACAUCUCGACGCUGCAGUAUCUUGUUCAUGA